UUGGGACAUUCCGUACACCUGCUAGUUAAUUCCUCGCAUAUUUUUAUUUUACUGGAUCUUUUUCUCACCGGAUCUUAUUAAAACAUCUAGAGAAUUAAAAUUUAUCGCAUCAUAUAGUUUUAGAAGGACUGUGUUAUUGUUUUUUUUUUGCCAGAAAGUGUAAAUUAGUAGUUUUAUAGCAUUCCACUUGUGAGAAUAGAGUUAAUUAUAGUGAAAAGUACAACAUAAGACUAAUAAAAGUUCAUGACAAACAACACUUCUUGUAGUUCCUCAAAUGUAUACUAAAUAAUGUAGAAUUUAUUGCUUUGACAUCCAACUCAUCACAUCACUUAAUACACACAAUCAAUCAAUAAUACGGAAUUGCCAUUAGUAACAGACGAAAUAAAUAUUGACUUUCUAUAUUAUAAUUAUGAGGAGGCAUCAACAACAAUUGAUACUUUAAUAUGAAACGGAAUUUGCUGAAACUUACUAAAUUGUUAAUAUUAUCAAUAUUAGCUUUAAUUAUCGUUAUCUUAUUUCUAAAGUCGUUAUCUUCAACCUCAUUCACAAAGGAUUUAUUUCCAUCCAUACAAAAACCUCAACAGCAUGAACAUCCAAGAGUCGGUCGAUUCUUUGGCAGAAAUAGGAAUUUAGAGAAUAAGAAAAUUGAUUGGCAUGAUUAUGAAGCCAUUAAGAAGGAAGAAAGUCGUACAGGAACCGGCGAGCAUGGAAAUUCAGAAACAUUAGAUCCAAAAGAGAAUGAGCUAAAAGAUAAGCUUUAUCGACAAAAUGGAUUCAAUGCAUUACUAAGUGAUAAAAUAUCACUCAACAGAAGUGUACCUGAUAUACGACAUACUGGAUGUAGAGACAAGCUAUAUUUAAGUGAAUUGCCAUCUGUUAGUGUAAUAGUUCCAUUCUACAACGAACAUUGGUCCACAUUAUUACGGACAGUUUACUCAGUAUUGAAUCGAAGUCCUAGUGACUUGCUAGCUGAAAUAAUUUUAGUUGACGAUUGCUCACAAAAGCAAUUUUUAAAGAAGACACUAGAUGAUUAUAUAGAAGAGAAUUUACCCAAAGUCAAAAUCAUUCAUUUACCAGAAAGAGGUGGAUUGAUAACAGCUCGAUUAGCUGGAGCAAAAGCAGCUUUUGGCGAUGUGCUGAUAUUCUUAGAUUCCCACACAGAAGCAAAUGUAAACUGGCUACCUCCGCUUUUAGAGCCUAUAGCAGAAGAUUAUAAGACAUGUGUUUGUCCCUUUAUUGACGUUAUUGCUUUUGACACUUUUGAGUACAGAGCACAAGAUGAGGGUGCAAGAGGUGCAUUCGAUUGGAAGUUUUUCUAUAAACGAUUGCCUCUUACAAAAGAAGAUUUAAAACAUCCAACUGAACCAUUUCCAUCGCCUGUCAUGGCUGGAGGCCUGUUUGGAAUCUCAUCUAAGUUCUUCUGGGAAUUGGGUGGUUACGAUCCAGGACUUGACAUUUGGGGAGGCGAGCAGUAUGAGUUGAGCUUCAAAAUAUGGCAAUGUCAUGGUAAAAUGGUUGAUGCACCAUGCUCGAGAGUUGGUCAUAUAUAUCGAGGUUACGCGCCAUUUGAUAAUCCAAGAAAGGGUGAUUUCCUGACAAAGAAUUACAAAAGAGUAGCUGAGGUAUGGAUGGAUGAGUACAAAGAAUAUUUAUACGAGAAAAACCCAAAAUAUAAAUCUGUUGAUCCAGGGGACUUAACAGAGCAAUUAAAAAUAAGAGAUAAACUUAAAUGCAAAUCAUUCGAUUGGUUCAUGAAGGAAGUAGCAUUUGAUUUAAUGGAUAAAUAUCCGCCAGUAGAACCACCAAAUUUUGCAUCAGGUGCAAUUCAGUCAUUAGCAAAUCCCACAUUCUGUGUAGAUACAUUAAGUAGAGGCGAGAAGAAUAAAGUAGGAUUAUAUUACUGUGCCAUGGACAAAGCAAAUCCUCAAGCCACACAAAAUUUCGCAUUAAGUUGGCAAAGAGACAUACGAAUAAGGCACGGCGAACAAUGUUGGGAUGUAUCAGAAAGUGGAAAUUCUCCAGUCGUUCUCUUCGGUUGUCAUGGAAUGCAAGGAAAUCAGUUAUUCAGAUAUCAUUUGGACACUAAAAUGAUUCAGCAUGUCAUAUCCAAUAGAUGUUUAGAUGCUAAUGUUGCUAAGAAGGAAGUUUUUGUCAGUACAUGUGAUAACGAUAAUGCUAAUCAGAAAUGGAUGUUUGGUUCUGUAAAUGAGACAGCUUUAAAUAACUGGAUUACAUCAGGAUCAAAACUUGUGUCAUAAAGUAUUCCAUUAUUAUUUAAAAGUUCAGGAAUUAAAACCAUACAAAUGUUUAACGGUUAUUUUUCAAAUUUUGUAGAAUUUGUAUAGCUCUAGAAAUUUUUCAAAAAUGUUUUAACGGCUUUUUGUAUGGAAUAAAGAAGUUUUAAGACCUAGAUAGCUUCCCUCAAAAAUUAUACGUUUGAGUAAAUUGGAUACUUUACAACUCGCAUGAUAUGAGUUAAUAUCAUAAAACGCAACACUUUAAUUGCAUACAAUUGAAAAUAAUCACAGACUUAGAUAGUGUAUAGAACAGAUUGAUUAAUUAUAUUAAAAUUAAGUUCAUAGCAAUUAAGAUACGUGGAGAGGAUUGAAACAUUAGCCAUUUUUAUAUAUAAAUACAUUCAUAUGCCUCUCAUGUUGAUUCAUUAUUAAUAAAAUAAAUAAAAAGGAAAAUUUGGUUCCAAUUGAUUGAUUGCUAA